GACGGCCGGUUUGCAGCCGCCAGCCGCUAUUGCAAGGUUGAAGCCAGAGUGGACCGUUCUGGAGCUGCUGUUCCCUCACUGUUGAGACAUCACCGAGAGCUCAGCACCAAGGCUGAACUGUACCAUUUAGAAGAAUGGAAGCCGAUACAUCUGUAGACAUGUUUUCAAAAGUCCUGGAGAAUCAGUUGCUUCAGACUACCAAAUUAGUGGAAGAACAUUUGGAUUCUGAAAUUCAGAACCUGGAUCAGAUGGAUGAGGAUGAAUUGGAACGCCUCAAAGAAAAGAGACUUGAGGCACUAAGGAAGGCUCAACAGCAGAAACAAGAAUGGCUUUCUAAAGGACAUGGGGAAUACAGAGAGAUCCCUAGUGAGAGAGACUUUUUUCAAGAAGUCAAGGAGAGCAAAAAAGUGGUUUGCCAUUUCUACAGAUAUUCCACAUUCAGGUAUAAAAUACUAGACAGACAUUUGAUGAUAUUGUCCAAGAAACACCUUGAGACCAAGUUUUUGAAGCUGAAUGUGGGAAAAGCACCUUUCCUUUGUGAGAGACUGUGUAUCAAAGUCAUUCCCACACUAGCACUGGUAAAAGAUGGGAAAACACAAGAUUAUGUUGUUGGAUUUACUGACUUAAGAAAUACAGAUGACUUUCCCACAGAAACUUUGGAAUGGAGGCUCGGUUGUUCGGAUAUUCUUAACUACAGCGGAAAUUUAAUGGAGCCACCAUUUCAGAGCCAAAAGAAAUUUGGAAUAAACUUUACAAAGCUGGAAAAGAAAACUAUCUGA